AUGUGGUUUACAUUCUCAGAGACGGCAUACUUUUGGCGAUGGUGGAAAGAACAGCGUGGGUCUACUCGAGCCACUUUCAGGAGCCUGGUAGCGGAAGGCAGGAUCCAGUUUGCUGGUGGUGGCUGGGUUCAGGCUGAUGAAGCGACUUCUCAUUAUCUGCAUAUCCUCGAUCAGUAUACUUGGGGGUUAAGAAAAAUCAAUGACACCUUAGGUCCUUGUGGUAAACCGAGGGCUGGAUGGCAGAUAGACACGUAUGGGCAUUCGAGGGAACAUGCUUCUAUUUUGGCCCAGAUGGGUUACGAUGGACUAUUUAUAGGUAGAGUAGAUCAUAAACAAAGAGAGGCCAUGAUAGAAGAGGACAGAAUGGAGUUCAUGUGGCGUGGGAGCGAUGUUCUAGGCAAAAUGUCAGACAUAAUGACACACACAUUAUACAACCUUUACAAUGCACCCGAUGGUUUCUGUUUCGACUUCCUGUGUAACGAUGAACCAAUCGUCGAAGACCCUGACAGUAGGGUUUAUAAUGCUGAUAAACGGGUUAACGACUUUAUUUCCCAAAUCGAGCGUCAAGCAAAAUACUACGACCAUGACAACAUUAUGGUAAUGAUGGGUGGUGACUUCACCUAUCAGAGCGCGAGUAACUGGUUCAUGAAUAUUGACAAACUUAUCAACCAUGUCAACACACAUCCAGCAAACAUGUCAGAUAUUAAUAUAUUUUACUCGACGCCAUCUUGUUAUUUGAAAUCUAUCUAUUUGUAUGGAAAGAGAGAUAAGGCUGUUUAUACUGAAAAGUCUGACCAUUUUCCAUACGGCAGUGACGCGAACACAUAUUGGACUGGCUUCUACACAUCUAGACCUAGUAUCAAAUAUCUAGCUGUGAAGGCACAUGCGUUCUUACAGGUGGUGAAGCAGUUGACGGUACUAUCAAGAAUGAGCGAUUUUUACGAACUUCAUUUAUUAAGACACGCCGUAGGCCUAAUUUUACACCAUGAUGCUAUCACAGGAACCAGUCAACAUCAUGUAGCCAACGACUUUAUAAGGCUGGUUUCCGAGGCUAUUGAUGGCAGCACGAAGAAGGUUUCGCAAUUUUUAAGUAUUCUAACACCAUCGUGGGGUGGAAGCAGACGUCCAAAGACAAACCAGCAAUUCAUUGUCUGCCAUCAGCUUAAUAUUAGUCAGUGCCGAUUUACAGAAACGCAAGAUUCGAUCCUACUACUAGUGUAUAACCAACUUAGUUUCAAGACAUACUACCACAUUCGGCUACCAGCGAUCGCAUUGCACUAUUCCAUACGAGAUUUUAACGACGAGGAGGUGGAGUACCAGCUGGUCCCUCUUCCGGCGUCAGUGAUCAAUCUUCCUGGAAGAAAGUCAACAGCGAUACAAGAGCUCUGCUUCGAAGCGGAAAAUAUACCUCCACUGGGUUUCACUGCAUAUUAUAUUUCACCUAUACGCGAUCAGCUGGCAGAAGGUGCAUUUAUUAAAAAACAGUUAAAGGCCGACGCAGAUUCUGAAGUAGCGCCAUCUAUAUCCAAUGAGUAUAUAAAACUAACAGUAAACGAGAAAAGCGGUCUUCUUGAGUCCAUACAGCAUGUCGACGGAGUCAAGAUCCUAGUGGACCAAAAUUUUUACUUCUACAGUCAAAGCCAGCAGGGUCUCCAAUCAGGAACUUACAGCUUUAGGCCUGAGAAGACUAGACCUACACCAGUAACGGAGAGAGUGACAUUUCACACUAUACGAGGUUCGUUAAUAAAAGAAAUUCGGCAGCGUUUUUCCGAUUGGAUCACACAAGUGAUUCGACUUUACCGGGGCGAGGAGUUUGUUGAACUAGAAUGGAUUGUUGGUCCAGUGCCUAUUGGGACGGACGUAGGUAAAGAAGUAGUAAGCGUACUUAGAACAAAUAUAAGCAAUAAUGGAGAGUUUUACACGGAUUCGAACGGACGACAAAUGAUGAAGAGAACCUGCUGGAAUGAGACGGCUAGCCACCAAAAGAAGUCAAUAUCUGCCUGCUUCUACCCCGUGACCUCUCGUAUAUGCAUAGAUUCUGCUAAUGGCAGCGUCGGUCUCUGUGUGUUGACUGACAGAGCUCAGGGCGGGACAUCUUAUAAUGAUGGUGAAAUUGAACUAAUGGUACACAGACGCCUUCUAACUGAUGAUGGUUUCGGUCUUGAAGAGACCUUGAAUGAGGAAGCAUUUGGUGUGGGUCUGGUCGUCAAGGGCAGACAUAGAAUUUACUUCGGUAACACCCAGGAAGUUGACGAUUUGUCCUUCAGUGAACGAGCUGCACAUCAUUCAAGGAAGUGGUUGUAUGAACCCUGGGUUUUCAUGACUCCGGGAGAGAAGAUCAAUAGAAGAAAAUGGCAGAAUGUUAGAAAUAAACGGUACUCAGCUCUUAGGCUACAUGGUUUACCUCGUCAUAUCAGCAUCGUCACUUUGGAGCCGUGGAAAGGUGGAUCAGUAUUACUUAGGUUAGAAAAUACACUGGAGAAGCAAAAAGGACAUAAACCAGAUAAGGAAAUGCCAGAUGAAUUAAGCAAUUCUCAUAUAACGGUGGAAUUACAGAAGAUCUUUUUGCAAUUGAAAAUCAAAAUGGUUCGAGAGACAACACUGGGUGCUAACCAAUGGUUGGAUGAGGCCAGGCAAAUGGACUGGAGUACCAGAUAUGUAUACGCGGGUGGAGACGAGGGAAUCUUACCCGAAGACAAUCCAGAUUAUAUCCACGAAGCAAGACAUAAAACUGAUAAAGAUUAUCCACACUACUCAGACGAAGAGACAAAAAUUAAGCCAGCCAACUACGAAAAUGAAAAGGGAAGAUACAAAAAUCUAAAAUAUGAAGAUUAUAGACGAAAACGCGAAACUCCAAAUACAACGGAAUUUGAAACGACCAAAAAUGUAACAAGGAUGAAACCGGCAAAGGCGGCUUCUAUUAAAAAAAGGCAGAACCGAUUUGACAGAUUCGAUAUCACUACUAGAAGACCGAAGUAUAUGUGGAACUCGCAAAAACUUGUUCAGGAUUCCUUAGAGGGAUUUUUAAGUAGACGAGGCAAAAAGAAGAGUAUUGAUUAUGAAGAGACUUCAGAUAUCACUGAAGGAUACACAGAUGUUGAUGAUGGCAUCACACGGUCAAUACAAGAAAUGUACUAUUCAAAGCCAAAAAGGAAAUACAAACCAUACCUAAGAUUCUCUGAAGAGUUGAUACGGCAUUCGAGGGGCAUGAGAAAUCACGACGAUGUCUGGAUUGGUCAUGAGGAAGCAGCAGAGGCAAGACGGGUUAGAGGUUUGAAAAUGGACAAAAAACUUAAAAGAUUCCGCUAUCCCAAUUCGGAAGAGUUCAUUGAUUUUAGAAAAGAAACAAAUUCGGAAGCUAAGAGAAUACAAAAAAGAAGAACUAAAAGAGGAAAAAGCGGUCGCAAUUUUGAGAUCUUCGAAAAUAAGAGACGAAAUUCAAAUGGCGCGGAUAUGCCGUUUUUCGUGACUGAAAAGGUUAAGAAAGAUGUAUCCUUUGAAGAUGAUGAGGAUACAUGGAGUAAGGAUGACCAGCAGAGUGGAAAAGGUAUUAAUCCAAGAGAAUUUAUCAGCGCCAAAUUUAAAGUUGACAGUUCAAAUGACGGUGAAAUUCCACUUGGAUUACGGAGAAAAAGAUCGAUGGAUGAAGACAGCUCGGAAGACAAAAGAGAGAUGGACUAUGUCAUAUCGCUUCGUCCUACACAGAUACGUACAUUCAUAAUUUGGUUUGAAGAAAAGAAGCCGUUUGUUAUGUAAAAUAAAUUGAAUAUAGAUAACCAAAGAUACGUCAAAUAGGUAUUGUUUUGUCUCUUUUA